CCCGUUUAGCGAAUCUAUUCAUCUCAGCACUUCGCAUUCUCUCAAUUUUCCUAUUAAUCUCUCUUUAGCAUACAAAAUUCUCAAUUCUUCUCCCAUAAUUGAAGAUGCAGAUCUUCGUGAAAACCCUAACCGAGACCAUCACUCUCGAGGUCGAGAGCUCCGAUACAAUCGACAACGUAAAGGCGAAGAUACAAGAUAAGGAAGGAAUUCCGCCGGAUCAGCAGCGGCUCAUCUUCGCCGGAAAGCAGCUGGAGGACGGCAGAACCUUAGCCGACUACAACAUCCAAAAGGAAUCCACGCUCCAUCUAGUCCUCCGUCUCCGCGGCGGGAUGCAGAUCUUCGUCAAAACCCUAACCGGGAAGACGAUCACUCUCGAGGUCGAGAGCUCCGACACUAUCGACAACGUGAAGGCGAAAAUUCAAGACAAGGAGGGAAUUCCGCCGGACCAGCAGAGGUUGAUUUUCGCCGGUAAGCAGCUGGAGGACGGCAGAACCCUAGCCGACUACAACAUCCAGAAGGAAUCGACGCUGCAUCUUGUUCUCCGCCUCCGCGGUGGUAUGCAGAUCUUCGUCAAAACCCUAACUGGGAAGACAAUCACUCUCGAGGUUGAGAGCUCCGACACGAUCGACAAUGUGAAGGCGAAAAUACAGGACAAGGAGGGAAUUCCACCGGACCAGCAGAGGCUGAUCUUCGCCGGUAAGCAGCUGGAGGACGGCAGAACCCUAGCCGACUACAACAUCCAGAAAGAAUCGACGCUCCAUCUCGUUCUACGCCUCCGCGGUGGUAUGCAGAUCUUCGUCAAAACCUUAACCGGGAAGACGAUCACUCUUGAGGUCGAGAGCUCCGACACGAUCGACAAUGUGAAGGCAAAAAUACAGGAUAAGGAGGGGAUUCCGCCGGACCAGCAGAGGCUGAUCUUCGCCGGAAAGCAGCUGGAAGACGGGAGGACAUUGGCGGAUUACAAUAUCCAGAAGGAGUCGACAUUGCAUUUGGUUCUGAGGCUGCGCGGUGGGAUGCAGAUCUUUGUCAAGACUCUGACCGGAAAGACCAUAACUUUGGAGGUCGAGAGCUCUGACACGAUUGAUAACGUCAAAGCGAAGAUCCAGGAUAAAGAGGGCAUUCCUCCGGACCAGCAGAGGCUUAUCUUUGCUGGGAAGCAGCUCGAGGAUGGACGAACCCUUGCUGACUACAAUAUCCAGAAGGAGUCGACUCUGCAUCUUGUCCUCCGCCUCCGUGGUGGUGAUGAUCAUUGAAUUUGAAUUGAUAGCUUGAGGAUUUGGUUCGGUGCUUGUAUGACUUUUACUAUGGUCUUAUCGGUGUUUGUGAUGAAACCUACUUUGCAAUGAUCUCGUUUGUUAUAAUAUGAAGUGAUCUCGUUUCUUUCUUAA